GUUCUGUUCUCACAUUCUUGGUGCUACUCCAACUUAACUAGAAGCGGAAGCUGUAGACACACACACAUACAAUCAUACAUACGAUGAUUUUCCAAGUUGUUUUGAUUCGGUCAGAAAUGGUUGUGUAGUAACCUCGUCUCUUGUAUACUGUUACUUAUACAUGCUGCUGAUUUCUCCUGUAGACCUGCAAUUUGGGAAAGAAUCAUGGAUAGCAAUGGAUUGCCAACCUUAGCUCGGGUGAAACUCACUGAUCUUAUAGCUACCGAAGGUCUUCCAUCUGAUGCAUACAGACUAUCUAUUGCAACUUUGUCACAGUCACUGGCUCAUUAUUCUGCUGCAAUCAUUCAACUUCCAGGAGGUGAUGGGGCUCUUUUAAACUCUUGUUUAGAAUCUGCUCGGCUAUACUUUCAUCAUAAACCAUCAUAUCCAUCUGCGGAUAUAAGUCAUAUUAAUGAUUCCCGUGAGUGGUGCAAGACCUCUGGUUACUAUGCUGAUACACGUUUGUGGCUAGAAACUUAUGACUAUAGACCAGGCCUUACUCCAACAGGGCCUGACAGUGAGUUUGAGUUCCCUCCUGCAGGUUUAUCAGACAUAUUUGUGCUACUUGGAAAAGCAGCUAGAGAUAUAUUAGAUGCAAUAAGCUAUUAUCUAAAUCUAAGAAGCUCUGCCUUUACUGAAAUACUUGAUAAUGUUCCCUUGAGAAACAGUGAUAUAUCAUCAUCAGUGCUGUCCGUUUCUUGUCAUGGGAGGCCAUCAUUUCAGGGAGAACAACACCAUAGUUUGACAACCCAAGAGGAUGACCAUUUGGUUAUGUUUUCUGAUCCUGAGCAUCAGGUGGACAAGAGCCUAUUAUCUCUUAUCAAGUCGGACAAGGCAGGUUUACAUGUGAGAGAUUAUAAUGGUCGCUGGGUUCUUGUGGACGGCGACCUUGGUCCUGAAGAAGCAAUUAUAUAUCCUGGACUUGCUUUGUACCAGGCUACUGCUGGCUAUGUUAGUCCUGCACUGUACCGCACGGAUAUCGGAAAUCAUCAGGGUACCAUGUGUGGGAGAUGUUCAGUCUCUUUCAAACUAAUGCCUAAAUCCUUGGCCAGUCUCAAUUGUUCAGAAAUGAGGGCAGCGGGCCAUGGAGUUGAAUCUCAGUUCCAGAUUCCAGUACCAGUUGAUGACUUCAUGCAGAAAUCUCACUCAACAGAUCAGCUUUUCAACAGGCAGAAUUUCCCUAGUUUUAGUUUUGAUCCAGCCCAAGAUGGAUCUAUAAAGCCACCGAUGAGGAAGAAGAAGAACAAUUCCAGAUGUAAGCCAUUGCCACCUUCUAAAAGGUUGCGGCUUGAAGCACAGAGAGUUCUCAAGGAAAGGGUUCAGGAUAUUGCUGAUCAGAAGAGUAUCAAGUUGAGAUUCUGCAGCUUAAAGGAAUGCGAGAACCAUAUUCACAAUGUUGAUAGCCCAUGUGCUCAUACAAGAAUGGAGAUCGGAUGGCCUCCAGGAGUACCAUUUGUUCAUCCCCAUGAUCUACCUAACAAAGCAAAGAUUGGAUUUCUUGAAACAUAUGAACCUGGUUGGACAGCGGCUCAUGACAUGGAGUUGAGUUUUAUUGAACCUGGGCAGUCAAGUCAACACACAGCUAACUAGAUCCUAGUCAACUGUUCGAGGGCUGCUCUUAAGUGCUGAUAACAAAGAAACACUGUGUUGUGGUACUUUGGUGUAUAUAUGUGAUAAAGGAUCGGAAGAAUAUGGAGCAACAUUAUAUGGUCCAAUUUCUGUGGCAUUUGGGUAAUACACAGAGGAGGGUGUUAUACAUGAUCUUUCAUGGGAGCUAGAUGUAAGCAUUUUAGAUUGCACAUCAAUUAGCGCACAUCCAUAGCAGAACACCAUGUCGGUUGCUUGAUCUUAGUUGGAUAUGUGAUUGACAUCAACUCCAUAUUUAGUAGAGACUGUGUUCUUCUCUAUAUAUUUUGAAUGAAUUACCAGAUUUUUUAUUUGUUAAACAUAGCUUUCUUCUAUGUACCAAUUUUUGACAUAACGUAAAAAUGCUCAGCGAACAUUCUUUGAA